GUCACCUGUAGUCCCGCCUGCCCUGACCGCAGUCCCAAUGAAGUCGAGGGCGUCGGUGCGUCGUAGCGUAUUCACCUGAGACACUUGGACCACCCUGCGGGAACACAACCUCCAUUAAGUCCGCCCCCGGCCAGCGAGGAGAGCGGAAGGACUCCUACAAGGAUGAAAGGGCUCCCACUCCUGUCCCUGCUCCUCUGGGUGUGUGCAGUGUAUUUUGUGGGGCUUUACCUAUUCGUCGGCGGCUUCCUGCUGGUCCGGCUGGAGGUGAAUCGGACCAGCACCUGCGGCGACGUACUGGAGCCCCGGGGAGAGUCCAGAGACUUUUGCGCGACGCAACCGCGCUUCCGCAGGGUUGUCCUCCUCAUCGUGGACGCCCUGAAGAUAGACUUCGCCCGGUUCGACCGCAACAACACUCGGCCCCGGCCCUUUGAGAACAAACUGCCCGUGUUUGAGGAGACGGCCUCGUCCAGGCCGUCCCAGUGCCGCCUGUACCCCUUUCGUGCCGACCCGCCCACCACCACUAUGCAGAGGAUCAAGGGCUUCACCACUGGGUCGUUACCCACCUUUGUGGACAUUGGUAAUAACUUUGCUUCCAGUGCCAUAUUGGAGGACAACCUCAUUCACCAGCUGGGUCAAGUAGGCAAACGUGUGGUGUUCAUGGGCGACGACACUUGGGAGAGUCUUUUCCCAAAGAAGUUCCACCGUUCUCUGCCCUUUCCCUCUUUUAACGUCAAAGACCUACACACUGUUGACAACGGAAUCCUCCAGCAUUUCUACACAACCAUGGUUGGUGACGACUGGGAUGUCCUCAUUGCUCAUUUUCUUGGGGUGGACCACUGUGGUCACAGGUUUGGCCCCGACCACCCGGCCAUGGCUGACAAACUCACCCAAAUGGACGGUGUCAUCAGGUCUGUGAUCGAGCGUCUACAGAAUGACACGCUGUUGGUGGUGAUGGGAGAUCAUGGGAUGACAGACACCGGGGAUCACGGAGGAGAAAGUCAGAAGGAGACUGACGCCGCCAUCUUCCUGUAUAGUCCUUCCCCUCUCUUUCCAGGACCCCCAUCACAGAGAGAACCAGACGUAGUGCCCCAGACGGACUUGGUUCCCACCUUGGCCUUGUUGCUAGGAGUGCCUAUUCCUUACAGCAGUGUGGGCCAGGUUCUCCUACCUUUGUUUCCCAUGCAUGGCCAUGGUGCAGUUGGAGGCCUCAGUCAGCUGGAGGCGCUGUGGAUUAAUGCAAAACAGGUGAACCGCUUCCUAGAGGUCUACUCUGCUAUGGCCAAAGACAUCCCACCAGAGAGCCUGGCCAGCCUGAAGGAUCAGUUUGCAAGCCUCUCUUCGGAAUUCCUGACAUUAGUCAGAGAGAGUCACACAUCUUCCCCUGAGCUGGCAGUCACCAUUCAGGCCUACCUCACCUCUGUCCGGGACACAUGCCAAGCCACCUGGGCCCGCUUCAAUCCGCUUAAAAUGGCAGCUGGCUUAAUAGUCCUGGCACUUGCCUGCCUAAUGUGCUUCACGGUGUCUGAGCAGUCGCUCGUGCUCAUCAGAGAAAAUCAUUUUCGACUCCAGACUGUGGUUGUAGCGGCGCUGGGUGUUGGGGUUUGCGUGGCUGUCGGUCAGCUGUUCUUACGGGGCUACAUGGAGUUAGCCUGGUGCCUGGCCGCUACGGCUUUCACCUCUGAGCUCCUCUUCCUGUGGAGGACCCAUCAAUCCAAGACAGCUGUUGUUGUUGUUAAGAACGGCGCUAAGAGCGCAAAGAGUGCUAGCUGGAGUACCCCACCUUACCCCCUCGCCCCUGCUCUCUUGGUCACAUUCCUUCGUUGUGCCUCCCUGCUUUCUGACAGCUAUGUCAUCGCUGAGGGCCGGGUUGUCACCUUCCUGGUCUUCUCUUUGGCUCUUUAUGUUCCCCUGCGUCUCAACUGGGAUGGCCUCCUUCUGCCCCCCAACCACGACCUUCUGAAGCCUGCAGGGCUGCAGCUCUCAACUGCGUCCUCCCCGUCCGCUGUGAGGAAAGAAAGCAGCACAAUCCUAGCAUCCUUAGGUCUCCUUGUCGGCAGCCUCUACCUCUCCCUUUUCUUCCAUGGCUGUCGGGAGGAGCAGGGCGCUUGUCAGCCGUCACCCUUCCUUUCGUCCCUCUCCCGGGUGCAGGACAACCAACUGAAGAACAUUUACUACAUCCUCUCAGUCCUCUCCCUGGUGGUGUGGAUGCAUCUACUGAGACGGUGCCUCCGCCACUACGGGAACCUAAACUCGUCAGGUGGAACGGUAUUCACGGCUUGCUGGAUUCUACCCUUGCUGUCUGUUUGUUUGGGCCUACAUUGGGCGGUCAGCGCCUCCACAGGGGAGAGCUUCAGGAACCUGGCUGAACUAAUCCGACUGGCUCAGCUCGUCCUUCCCAGAGCGGCCUUUUGUCUCCUGGGACUGGGACUGGCCCUAAUUUGGCUGGAUCCGCUCACUGUGUUUGUGAAAACCCGGGCUGCAAGUUUGGAUAAAAGUUUGUCCCUGCCACCUCCACGGUACCGCGCCAGCACCGGUAUCAGCCCCCAAGCGGAGCUGCACCACCUCAUCCCACAAAUAUACCAGCGCAUGCGGCGCUCGCUCGACGAUGGAGAGGCCAGCACGGGCGGUGAGGCUGACAACAGACCCGCUGUGGAGGCCUACGGCCUAGGAACAGUCUACUCUGCCCCACUGCUUCUGUUCUGUGGGCUGCUUGGACUGGGCCUGCUGCAGCUGCACCCCGAGGGCAUGGCUCUGUCUUUCCUCCUGCUGUUGUUUGAAAUGGGGGCUCUGCUGCACAUCCACGCCUCCUCCACAGCCCUCUCUGGCCUGCAGGGAGCCUAUUCUGGUGGCUUUAAUGUGCCCUGGACUCCAAUUGUGUUGUGGUCCCUAGCAGCCACCCAGUUCUUCCAUGCAACAGGUCACCUGCCCACCUUCCCUUCCAUCCAGUGGGGGGCAGCCUUUGUGGGAUUCCCUGACGGGCACACCGGCACCAUCUUGCCGGCCUCGCUGGUUACACUCAACACAUUUGCCUCCCACGCCUUGUUUGCAGCGGGUUGUCCGUUGCUGCUUUUCUGGCCGUUGGUGCGCGAAGUCCGUGGAUGUAGAGGAGGAAAAGCCAACGGGGAUCAAAAGGAGGAUGCAGUGAUGGAAAUGAGGCUGAGGGAGAGACCUCAGCUUUUUACCUCAGCUCUUCUGCAACUCUCAACGCGCUAUCUCUUUAUUCAAGGAACACAGGUCUUUGCUUCAGCGUGUGGAGCUGCUAUCCUCAGGAGACACCUAAUGGUGUGGAAGGUUUUUGCACCCAAGUUGAUGUUUGAGGCCUCGGGGUUCCUGAUGAGCUGCGUGUUUUUGCUACUUGGAGUCUUGUUGGUGCUGAGGGUGGAUGUGGCUGUCGGACGUUGGUUCAAAAGACUCAUCACUGAUACAUCCAGCCCAAACACAUGCCCAUUGUCCUCCGCAGCUGGACACAAGAAGAGAUAAGGAGAAGGAGCAUCUCUCCUCCUUACAUUCCAUAGUCAAGGUUAGCACACAGUAUUUG